AUGGCGGCAUUCAUCGAUAAGCCGCCUCUGUCCGAUCAGAAGCAGAAUUCGUUGAAGGACAUCAGUGCCACUGACAGGCGAGAACCAAGUCCGGCUUCCGACGAUGAACAGGAAGUCGACCAUCUCAGACAGCAAGCCUGGGGUCGAUACACAAAGCUGUGGAUGUGGCUGGGCAUCUCGUUGAUGUGGACCAUUUUUGAGCUCGAUAACGCGACCGUCUAUAACUAUCAGAACUAUGCUACUUCCGAGUUCGAAUCUAUUUCGUACUUGGGAACCCUGACGACAGCUGGUACGAUUUUAUCAGCCGUGCUAAAGCCUCCGAUUGCAAAAUUAUCUGAUGUCAUUGGUCGAGCUGAGACCUAUGCGAUCACAGUCAUCCUAUACAUACUGAGCUACAUCCUCGCUUCCUCCUCGAAUGCAUUCGAUCAGUAUGCUGGGAGCUACAUCAUCUACUGCGUCGGCCAGACAGGCAUGCAGAUUCUCAACCAGAUCAUCGUGGCAGAUAUCACCAACUCACGCACGCGCGGCCUCGCCAAUGGUCUUGUCAAUCUGCCCUUCAUGAUCGUUCCCUGGAUCGCAGCUUUCAUCGUGGACUCUGCAUUGACCACUGUGGGAUGGCGCUGGGGCAUCGGCAUGUUCGGCUUCAUCCUACCAGCAUGCAGCGCUGCAGUCAUCAUCCCACUAGCGCUGUUCCAGAGACGUAUGAAAGGCCUCGGAUCCCCCCCGAGGCCAAAGCUGUCCGUGUCUGGCUUUUUCUCCCAUAUCGAUAUCGUCGGCGUCACUCUUCUGGCUAGCGGUUUCGCCCUUGUCCUACUGCCACUGUCUCUGGCUGGCAACACGCCGUCUCGCUGGUCGACACCCUGGAUUCCGACUUUGAUCGCAGUUGGCUUGGUCUUGCUCGGCACACUCCUGUUCUACGAAGCCAGAUUCGCCAGGUGGCCAGUGCUGCCAUUCCGAUUCCUACGCAACUCAUCUCUGCUGCUAGCCUGGCUCAUUGGAACGACCGACAGCUUUGCUUUCUCCGCAACGCAUACUUACAUGUAUACAUGGUCUGUGGUCGUCCAUGACUUCUCCCCACGGAACGCAAGUUUCUUGACCUUCACUGCUGGCUGUAUGCAAGUGUUGUCGGGCGCCAUCUGUGGCUUUCUCAUGUACCGCACGAGACGCUUCAAGGGGCUUCUGGUCGGCGGAGUGAUGGUUCGCUUGAUCGGCUACGGCAUCAUGCUCCGGCUACGUGGCAGCAACAACUCCACAGCCGAGCUGUUCGUUGUGCAGCUGAUACAAGGCUUCGGCUCGGGCAUUGUACUCACCAUCGUCCUGGUCGUUGCACAGAUCGUUGUCACCAGAGCAGACCUCGCUCAAUCGACAGCGCUGAUGCUCCAAUUCAUCUACCUUGGCAAUGCGCUUGGAUCUGCGGUCGCUGGCGCGAUAUAUACCGGUCUGUUCCGCGAUCGAAUCGCCGUCCAUGCGCCCGACCUGCCCUCUGCGCAGGUGGAUGCCGUGUACAAUACAAUCGCUGGCUACGAGGAUGUCGAAUCGCCAGAGGAGGUGGACGCCGUCAAUCAUGCGUACAGUGAUGUGAUGCGGUAUAUGACGCUCGUUGCGUUGAUUGCAAGCGCUAUUCCAGUAUUAUGCGUCUGGUGGCUUAGAGACUGGAAGCUCAGCGAAGACCGCCAUAACCUCGCGGAAGAUGUCAAGAAAGGUGAUGCUGGAGUGAUCAGUGAAGAUGACGGCGCCCUCAGGAGAUGGUGGAAGACUGGGAAGUGGUGGUAA